AUGGGCUGCAGCGCGAGCGUUUCGGACCCGAACGACUACCUGAAGCCCCAUGCUCAAGAAGGAAAGACGCUCGUGGACGGCCUGGUAGGUCCUGGCCCCGCCCGGCCCUUUACCAUCGAGCCGUGGAUGACUUCCCAGAAGACGUAUCCUGUUAAGAUGCUGCCAAUGACCGAUUCGCAGAACCAGGUGGUCUUCUCGGUGUCCGGCAAGUGCCACUUCAGAGAGGACUCCCAGGUGGUGGAUGCAUCGGGCAACACCGUGGCUGUGUUGCGCACGGCACAGAAGACAGCUCCCGGCUCUUCGGAAAAAUGGGAGCCAACCAGCUACCUGAUUCUGAGCACCAAGCCGAGGGUGGAAGGUCAAACACCACAUCCGGAGCCGGGCUAUGGACACACGCUCUACCUCUGGGCGAAGCUGACGCGCUAUCCCAUGACCAACACCUCAAAGGUAUUUUUAGUUAAGCAGAACGGCGAGCUCGACGAGACUAAUGAUGAUUUCAGUGUUGACAUGAAGAACGGUCUUCGGCCGAAUAAAUUUGAGGUAUGGUCCUCUGCUGGCGGAGCCAUGGUGGUCGAUGUCAAGGGCAGGAAGUACAAGGUCUUUGUGGCCGAGGGCGCCGACGUUGCCCUGCUGUACGCUUGCACGAUUGCGCACUUCAAGGUGAAUAACGAGAUCCCUACGGGAAGCACGGGAGCUGGGGGUGGCAUGGGAGCUGGGGGUGGCAUGUGA